CAUGAGACCCAGAAUGGCUUGAUCUUCUUACGAUUUCUGUGUCAUCUCAGAUUGCAAGUUGCAGUUCCCUGUUAUUGUCAUUUAGCGCUGAUAAGAAUCCCAGACGGGGAUGAACCUAGUUAACAAAAGCAUCGCCCCAAGCUGAUAAAGAACGGUGUGAUUUCAAGAAUAAAUCCCCGCCUAUGUGAAUCCCAUUGGGAUGUUUUUCGAUCCUAUAAAAACGCGAACCACCCUUGGCUCACCAUCAGUUUGACUCAACCAAUUAGACAGCAAAGAUGUCCUCCAAUAAGUGCGGAAUCGUGAUCCUCAUCGCCUGUUGUCUGGUGGCUCUGGUGGCCUCUUAUCCUGAGCCGUAUCCCGAGGAGUUCUGGACCAAUCCCGAGAAUCUUCUCGAGGAGGCUCCUUUGGUUCGCCGUGCUCGAUCGCCGGAGGGUGGUUCCCUAGUCCUGUCCGCCAGCAAGGACAACCAAGUGGGUCGGGAGGCCAGUCUCCAGUACAACCACAAUCUGUACUCCAGUCGCGAUGGGCGUGGCAGCAUCGACGCCUACGCCCAGGCCAGCCGGAAUUUUGACCACAAUCGCAACAACUACGGCGGCGGCAUUCAGGGCACCUGGCGUUUCUGAGCGGGAAUACAAGUAUUAAAUUGGUCACAAAAUGAUUCAUGUGAAUAAAUAAAUGUGUUUACCAAAGCGCACUUUACUCA